AUGGAACCCAAAAUGAGCUCCGGCGAGCAAGAGAAUGGAGGUCAGAUGGAGAAGCAAGGCAGCCAUAUCCGGUCAUACGAGUGCAACUUCUGCAAAAGAGGCUUCUCCAACGCUCAAGCGCUUGGCGGCCAUAUGAACAUCCAUCGGAAAGAUAGAGCUAAAAUGAAGCUGGAACCUUCAAGUCAUUCUCAAGUUGGCUUUUGGGUGUCUUAUGGAAUCCCUACUGCUCACUUAUGUUCCUCCAAUUCUGCAAGCAGCUUUGUUGCUCGACAUCCAUUGAUUCAGCUUCCUGAAGAUGACAAGACAAGCCUUCAGCCAUCUAUUCUCCUUCAUGAAGACGUGGAGAGGCCGCAGGUGGCGGCGAUGGAGUUGGACCUUGAGCUCCGACUGGGACCGGAGCCGCGGAAGAACACGUGA